CUUCUUUCGUGUCGGCAAAGUGUUUGUGAUGAACUAAAUAACACGAAAAAAAAAUUCCACUUGCUGCUUACCACGUCAGAAUGAGAAUUAUGAAAAUCUCAAAUUGAGACUUUCCAAAAUCUUAAAGUAGUGCAUCCAAACUCUACGAAGGAGAGAGCGCGCGGAGACAAAUGGCGAGUGACGUAACUGGAACGUUUGAAGGCGCUGAGCCGAUCAUAGUGUGUUCAUCAUCCGCUGGUGAGUCUCACGCGCCGACGACCAAUUUCACUUGCAUCGACCUCGAGGGUAACUUUCAUCCGUCCCACCAAUGCGCCAGAACAUCCAGUCUGAGGAGGCAGAGUAUCGCCUUAAAUGCUAUUAUAAACCACAGACGAGCUUUAAUAGGAGCAUUGAUCGCGGGAGUUGGUAGCAACCUGUCUCUCCCAUCCUGCGUGAAUCAGGAUCAAGAACUGUCAGGCGGUAGCAAUUCCUCCAUUGUCGCGGUUGGCCAACACGUCCAAGGGAGAAAUUCUAGUGGAGACAGCCAGGCACAUGGAGGAUGCACACAUCACCCAAAUUUACUGCAACUCACGCCUGUCAAUACUGCAUCAAGUCCCCUAACUUCUUUAGAUGCAUCAAAAGGCAAACAUCGCAAUCAGCGUUCGGCAUUUCCGUCAACCCGUCACCAUUCACGAAAGCAUCGCGCCGAAUUGAUCUCAACAGUAAGCACACUUUAUGCAAAACUAUUGGUUGUCGUGGGUGUGACAGUGCCCGUAACGGCCAGCAUAGGUCAACCGGUGCCCGCCGCUCUCGAUCAGGGAUUUUAUCUCUACCUGUACUUAGUCAGCGGUGGAUUUGUCAUCACGAUGUAUACGAUUUUACUGCGUGAUAAAGCUGUGAAUAAACUACUGGUGCACAAUGAUAAACGAGAGGGUGUAUUUUUGUAUGAUGAAUAUGGUAACAAGCGUCGAACUUUUCAGCACGGCCAGCAGUAUGGAAGCUUCUGCUUGCGUCUGGGUGCCAUCGGCUUUGGUGCUGGCUCGUUAGUAUUUACUGGAUUGCAAAUCGGGGCGGAAAUAGCGUCUGCCGAGCCAUUUAGGGCGAUUACACCGAGCGCAAGACUCCUUCUUGUUACCGCUCAAAUGCACUUCAUAUUCCUGAACAGCAAAGAUCUGGAGUUAGCCAAACAUGGUGCACUCGCCAAAUUGGGACUCAUGCACAUGAUCGCUACAAACAUCUGCGAAUGGCUUCAGGCACUAGUCGAAGAAACACGUGACGAGAUAUCCCACCUAGAGUCAAAAGACAACACAACCGGCGAAGGAAUCCUAAAGAAUCUCCUCCGCGACGCCUCGCCCUUCCUCUUUCCCUGUACAAUAGAAUUCAGUCUAAUCUGCGCUGUAAUUCUCUACGAAAUGUGGAAGCGAGUUGACCGUGUGGUAGUUGUCAAAUCAAACACAUCAAUGAGGUCAGUUCACCAACUGAGUAUCGACUGCAGCAACGCUCACAGAGGCCUCUUCGGUGGUAUUCUCAUCAUAGCAGCCACUGUUCUCAGUCUCAUAAUGUUCUUCGUACUGAAGGAUGCGAAACCCAAGAUGGCUAUUGAACAAGUAACUGCCCUCGAGACGGCCAUUUUAACUGCCGGAGCUAUAGCCGCUGUGAGUGGUACACUCAAGUUACGGAGAUUGGAAUGGAAGGACACAAAACCACCGCAUCUUGAUUCAACUUUACUGGCAGCAGCACAAGCUGGAGUCUAUCUGCAUUGUCUGUUUGGUGCUGUUGGUGGGGUAUUAACAAUGGGCCCAACUUGGGGACUUUCACUCGGAGCUGAUUUUAUCACUUUGGUACAGAGCACCAGUCAAACACUACUCAUUAAGAUUGCCUGGCGCAGACAGUCCUCGUCGAAUGCUAAACCCGGCAAGGAGCUUAUUACUUUUCUGAUUGUCAUGAACAUUGCCCUGUGGAUUGUAAAUAGUUUCGAGAAAUCUCGGGCCGAUGUCAGGCCCGAGCACCUGGAGUUCUUCGGGGUUUGGGCGUGGACCAUUAUAACACAUGUGUCAAUGCCUCUUGCUAUAUUCUUUCGGUUUCACUCGGCUAUUUGUAUGUUCGAGGUUUGGAAGAGUUGUUACAAAUAUAGGCCACCGAUUGUGUCACCAACACGCAAUCAAUCUCAUAAGUAAAUUUCUAGUCAAGGUUUCGUGUUUUCAUUGAAUAAUCUCUCAAAGAAAACAUUAGAGGACACGAUAUACACUGAGAGAAAAACAGCAGAGUUCUCAAACAAGUCCUAC